AUGGCAAAUACCCUUGCGAUUGUGAUCUUAUUUGCGUCGCUCGGCGCCGUGGCUUCUCAAGCUCCCGCCGCCGCACCAACAGAGAGCUUUCAAGGUUCUUCUCCAAGCGACAUUAGUUCACCGCCGGCCGCCGCCCCGAGCGACACUUUCGGUAGCUCGGCUCCGGGACCGAGCCCAGAGGGUUCUGCUCCGAGCACGAGUACGCCUCCUAGCGCAAUAAGCCCAACCUCUCCUCAGACGGCAGGGCCAAAGCUCAGAGUCGGCUUCUACAGGCGCUCCUGCCCCCGGGCAGAAAAGAUCGUCAGGGCGGCCGUGUGGAAGGCCUUGUCCAAGAGCCCCGUCAUCGGCGCAGGAUUAAUUCGGCUGCACUUCCACGACUGCUUCGUCCAGGGUUGCGAUGCUUCUGUCCUUCUCGACCCGACGGCGUCCAACCCACAGCCGGAAAAGCUCAGCCCUCCCAACUUCCCAAGCCUGCGCGGUUUCGAAGUGAUCGACGCGGCCAAGGAGGCUCUCGAGAAGGUCUGCCCUGGCAAGGUCUCUUGCGCGGACAUCAUCGCCUUCGCCUCCAGAGACGCAUCCUCAAUCCUCAGCCGCGGGAGGAUCAGCUUCAGGAUGCCGGCGGGGCGCCUGGACGGGCGCGUGUCACUCUCCAGCGAGGCACUCCAGUUCCUUCCCCCGCCAUUCUUCAACCUCUCGCAGCUCAUCGGAAGCUUCAAGGCUAAGAACCUCGAUGUAGACGAUCUCGUGGUUCUCUCCGGUGCUCACACUAUCGGGGUGUCGCACUGCUCGUCCUUCACCGACCGCCUCCCCCCGAAUCCCUCUAACAUGAACCUGGCCUUCACCACCAUGUUGCAGAGAAAGUGCCCCGCGAGCCCCAACAUCACCAACGACCCCACCGUGGUUCAAGACAUUGUGACGCCCAACCGGCUGGACACACGGUACUACACCAAUCUGCUUAAGCACAACGUGCUCUUCAACUCCGACGCGGCGUUGCUGACAUCACGCCGGACGACGAGGAAGGUGCUGCAGAAUGCGUUCAUCGCCCGGAGGUGGGAGAGGAAGUUCGCCACAGCGAUGGUAAAGAUGGCUGCCAUCGAGAUCAAGACAGCAGCCAACGGGGAGAUCAGGAACAUGUGCAGGGUCGUCAACAAUUAG